CACCGCUGGGCCUGGUUCCUUGGACGAGCCUCAAGUUUUGCUAUUCUUGUGCCCUAGGAGCUUGCCUUCUCAAAUCUCCGGUUACAUUCCUAAUUCUCCAAUAACUCCCUUCGAAAAUUUUAAAUCUUCCCCCUAAACCUCCAAUCCUUCCCGAUCACCCGCCUCUGAAUUCUAGCCGUAUCUCAACUAGGGUUUGGAUCCCUUUUCCCUUGCUUUCUGAUCCAAUCUAGUUUUUUUUUUUCCUUAAAAAAUAUCGUUCUUACUACUAUCAGUUAUAUGGUCUAUUAUUGAUUUAUAGAUUUGAGUUCAGUCUAGGGUUUCGAAUACUGAUCCUGAAAGUUGCAAUUUUGGCUUCGACGAGUUUUGGGGGAGGAUUUCUUUAACUGGAGUUUUGAAUUUUGUUCCCAAAAUCGUUGUUUUGGUAGAAAACUUGGCUUUGAAGGCUUUAAUAGGGUCAUCGAAAACACUUUUUCCGAAGAGCAGGUCAACGUACUGUUGGUGGAGGAGGGUGUGGUUUGAGCCUGCAUUUGUUGUUAUAAAUUGAAGAUGCCGAGAUGCUGGCUCUGAAUCGUAACGGGUUCACCAAUAUGAGCCGUUUUUUUCAUUUGGCUGAAUGGCAUCCGUUAGGAUAGCAAAGCAGAUUUGGGCUUGGAGCCCUCUCCUCCUCCUGUAAACAGGGUUCGAGUUUCUCAUGUUAAGUAAGAAUAAGAUUAUUGCGAGAAUGAUAGGCUGCUGCGGUUGCUUUGGCUUUGGUUUUAGCAGAAGGCCUAAACGAGAACUGAGGCCAACUUCUGGCUUUAAUAAUCACCAUUCCUUGGAGUUGUUGUUGGAUGAAGAUGUUGAAGAUGAUGAUGAGUGUUCAUACAAUGGUGAUGUUACAGAUACCACUCGUGAAGAUGAUGCUGUGUUGCACAGUCGUGCCAAUCGUUCUGAAGAGAUUUUAAGGUUCAGGGAACAGAAUGGAAUGAUUUGCAGGCAAAAUCCUGUCAAGGAAACUCAAAAGAUUGUCCGCACGGAGGAUGAAAAUGGCAAUAAGAUGGUCAAUGAGUAUAUUCGUGAGUAUAAAAUUGGUGCUGGUAGCUAUGGGAAAGUGGUUUUAUAUCGGAGCAGCGUGGAUGGGAAGCAUUAUGCAAUUAAGGCAUUUCACAAGUCUCAUUUAUUAAAGCUACGAGUUGCACCCUCAGAGACUGCCAUGACUGAUGUGCUUCGUGAGGUUCUUAUCAUGAAAAUGUUAGAUCAUCCUAAUAUAGUCAAUCUCAUUGAGGUGAUUGAUGACCCAAGCACAGAUCAUUUUUAUAUGGUUCUUGAGUUUGUGGAAGGCAAAUGGGUUUGCGAGGGUUCAGGUCCACCAGGUGGCUUAGGAGAGAUCACAGCAAGAAAGUACUUGCGGGAUGUAGUUUCAGGGCUUAUGUACCUCCAUGCUCAUAAUAUUGUGCAUGGCGAUAUUAAACCUGACAAUUUGCUAGUUACUCACAAUGGUACAGUUAAGAUAGGUGAUUUCAGUGUCAGCCAGGUGUUUGAGGAUGAAAAUGAUGAGCUUCGUCGGUCCCCUGGGACUCCUGUUUUCACUGCCCCUGAGUGCUGUCUUGGUCUAACCUAUCAUGGCAAAGCCGCAGACACGUGGGCUGUGGGAGUAACUUUGUACUGUAUGAUUCUGGGACAUUAUCCAUUUCUUGGGGAGACACUGCAGGAUACUUAUGAGAAGAUUGUUAAUAGCCCUUUGGUUCUCCCUGAUGACAUGAAUCCCCGGCUGAAGAACUUGCUGGAAGGACUUCUUUGCAAAGAACCAAACAUGAGAUUGACAUUGGAGGCUGUUGCAGAGCACACCUGGGUUAUUGAGGAGGAUGGGCCAAUUCCUCACUAUUUAUGUUGGUGCAAGCAAAAGAGCCUGCAGAGGGAAGAAUCUGAUGGGAUCAAUGAUGAUACUCAAAUAACUCCUACCGACUGAAUUGUUUUCUCACGUUAUGUACAGUACAAAAUUUGGCUUACGUGCAUUGCAUUCUUGAGGGCGAUCACUUCCAAGCCACUCUUCUCAUGAUCCUGUUUAGGUAUGGUGAGUAUUCAGGUGAGAAAUUUUAUUCAUCAUCAUUUUAUCAUCUUCUCAAGAUGUGGCAUCAAAUGAUUUGCCUAUAAGUGGAAUAUAACAAACACUCUUCAAUCUUUCAGUAUCAUGUGAUGGGAUGUUGGGGGAGGAUGAAAUAGGGAUGGUAUCAUUUCUCAUUGGGUAAUGACCCUCUGCCCAAAUGAUGAAUAUUGGAUAGCCUAGGUUUUGCUAAUUGCAUCCAGCGUGGACUUCUGUUUACCCUUUGUUUUUUAGGUGGGAAACUGGACUUGACCAUCUUUUUAGGUUUUAUCAAAGUUAUCACCUAAUUAAAUCUAAUAUGUUUUAGUGAGAUAAUUGCAAUUCCAUACUAGUGUUCAUGAAGGAGGAUGACUCAUUUGGUUAAUUUAUCUAUAAAUAUGAUUCAUUGGUA